GCUCGUUAUAGUUUGCACUCCGUGAAUGAAGAACAAGUGUGCACGAGGAAAGCUCUCUCCUUCUCUGGCACUCCACAGGCGCUUAAUGAUUCGCUAAAGCCGGUGGAUGACAGCAUGCCAAGCGCCACAGCUCGACUCCUUCUCAACAAAACAAGGGAGUAAUACUGAACUACAUCGUCACGCUCUCGGGGACUGGGCACGUUGGCAGGCGGAAAAGGGAUGGCGUGCGGCGCGUGCUACUACCUGGUCAUCAGCUCCACGCACCUGAACAAUGGACACUUCCGGAGAGUCAAGGGAGUCUUCAGGGGACCUCUGCGCGCGCCCGCCACCACAGACUCACCGGAGCGCGUGGAGAGAGCCCUGGGUUGCUCAGUGGAGGAUCUCAAAGCGCUUUUCUACUGCGAGCUGUGUGACAAGCAGUACCUGAGACACCAAGAGUUUGACAACCACAUCAACUCCUACGACCACGCGCACAAGCAGAGACUGAAAGAGCUGAAGCACAGAGAGUUUGCCCGAAAUGUGGCGUCGAAAUCAUGGAAGGACCAACGCAAACAAGAGAGGGCUCUGAGGAGGCUGCACCAACUCGCCCAACUGCAGCUACAGACGGAGAGGGUCACGAGACGGGGCCAUGGACUGAAGAGUGCAGUGAGGGCCAUAAACCAAACUAAGGACACCCUCACGGAUCUACGUGACCACAACCAGGACAACAAACCUGAGGAUCGCACUCACAUCCCAAAUACCCCAACCACCUCGAUAACAACAACUACCAGCUCCAGAACUGAGGAGAUCUGCCCCCCUAGUCCACUUCCCCAGCAGUCUCCUCCGGUCUUAGCAGCACAAUUCCCCCAAAUCCACAGCUCUGAACUCUGCGUCGACCCCUGCUCGCCGCUGCCUCUACCUGCAGGGAGGAGACGCGUCGGAGGCAGACUCGGGGUGUCUUUUUGCUUCUCUCGGAGGGGUCCCAAACUGGAACCGUGUGCCUCUGUGUUCUCUGACCUAGAGGAAGACGAAAUGUACAAGAAAAAGGAGCAGAUGCGAGAAAGGAUACGGCAAAUCUUGAGAGACAUAGACAGAGAAAUUGGGACAGAGGAAGAGCAGAAUUCUGACAGUGUCGGACUACGCAGCAUGGAGCCGGUCCCCAGAGAGCCAGCCUCGGAAGACAGUGAAAUUGAAAAAAGAGAUUUGGAGAAGGAACACUCUGCUAUUUCCACGGAAGCACAAGAUAAUCAGAGCAAUGAUUCACUGUUCUUGUCGGCAUGUGGCAAGGGGCUGGAGGAGGCGGAUACCGGACCGCAAUGUACAACAAAAAACAAAUCAGAGCGAGAAGAGAGUCGGACUAUUUGUGUUUUGGGGAAAGACGGGACCACCCAGCUGCGAUGGCCAACAAGUUCAUUAAAGUUUACAAAGUUUGUGCCACAUAUCUCAUACAGCAGCAAACUACAUGAUCACGAGCAACUCCAAGAGAAACUAGAGGAUCAGAAUCAGUUAUUGUAUAUGUCAGGUGUUUCUGUUCCAAAGCAAACACGAGUGCAGGUGCAGGGACAAACUGAAGAGGCAACGAAAACUCAGCACAUUGACGGAAAGACACAAGAGCACCUGUUUCUCAAAGACAAAAUCCCUACAUCAACUGGAGAAUGGCUAGAAAAACAAAACACUGAAAAUUGCAUUGUGCCAAAUUCCCAUUCAUGUGGCUAUAAGAUUGACGCUUUCGACUGCAACACCCAGAAUCGUCAGGUGGGCAGAUUAGAGGUUGCGAGUGAAAAUGCUAUCACACCCCUGAGUUGUAAAUUAGAUCAUGUCGCCCAAAAGACGUGCACAAGCCCAACCAGGUGCGAUGGCAAUAGUGAGACAAUUUGCAGCAGUGCAAUGCAGACGAAUGUAGGCGUAGCAAUGGUGUCACGGAGAAAGAGGACGUGCGCUAUUAGGAAACACAAGACGGGGAAGCAGAGUCGGAGAAGGAGGGAAAAGAGGGAGAAGAUUGUGAAGAAGCGGAAAAUGUGCAAAGUGAAGAGUGUGGUGGUGUCGUCGUGUAAAGAGGGGAGAGAGGGAGAGUGGGGGGAGAGGCAGACCGGAGGGGUGGAGAGAGGGGGGAGCAGAUGUCCCCGGGGGAGUGGUGAAAGAACGCCUGGAUGUGUCUCAGCGAGGAGCAGAAGGCCUCACAGGAGCUCCGAGCAUCAACGGCGCCAUCGCAGACAGGAGGGGCACGGGCACGCCGCCUCUCCUCCCUGGCGGUCUCACUUGUCCUCACGCUCCCUCUCUCCAGGAUCUGACUCCAAGAUGUUUUGGGAAAGAGGUCACCAUAGCAACCCCAGGAGUUUCAUUGACUGCUGUUACCCUGACAACAGCAGCGGUAACAGCCCGGCAAGAAAGCGAAAACUCCUCCACAGGGACAGGAAAUCCAUUCAUAGUAAAAGAAAGAACUUGAGGCAUUGUGAGGAGGUGAGGGGAAGGGAAUUAGGAGAGGGCUGUGACAGGGCUUUUGUGUGCGACGCAGAGCAGUGGGAGUGGAGGAGCGGGGCAGGUCCUGGGGGAGAUGCACAGAUCAGCACAGCACAUGGUUGGAGGUCAGAGCAGAAGUUUGACGAGUGGCACCAUCCACACCCACUCAGGUCCAGUGUGAGUCCCAGUACCUGGGGGCGCACAGGGGGCAGCACAGGUGAGGGCGACUGGGACAGAUGGACCUGUGGCAGCACCGACAGCUGGGAGGACCCUGGAACAUCCAGGUCGGACUCCAGGAGAGACAGCCCAGAAGAAGCUCCUUUUUGGGGGAACAGGCCCUCCAGUGUUCGGCACGUGUCCAGUCCUGAGUGGUGGAGCAGACAGGCCCAGAGCCCUCCCAGUGUGAGUCGGGUGAGCCCACGAUCCUGCAGCCCCUGCAGCACCACCCUGUCGGAGCUGAGCUGGGAGUGGAGCACCUGCUCUGGGAUCUCUGUGGACAAAGUGACAGUGAGCUCCAGUAAGAGGCUCAGUCCUGCCUCUGUAAACACUUCUCCAGAGACACAGAGCAUAAGCAGCCUCAGCUCAGGCUCCUGUCCCAGUUCUUCCCCUCACAGACCUCCACUGACUGUUCAUAAUGUAAGCACACCUCUGUGUGAACUACAAGAGACCCGCUCUCAUGUGGCCACCUCCCCAGACACAGACUGUAACUCCAACACUAUCCUCCCAGGACUUUGUACAACUCAGACUUUAUCCCAAAAAACAGUGAAAACAUUGCACCUCCCGCUGAUAGGAAAACGCCCUGCUAUCCAGAGAAAGGCCAGGCUCAAGAGGGUUCUGAUAGAAAGGGGUAAAGACAAAGAAGCUGACGAAAUGGAGGAGGCCAAAGUCAUGGAGACAGAGACAGGAACAGAACUGAACCACCAAGACACAGGUCAAGAGCAAAGCACAAGCAGCAAUUUGAAUCUCAGGUCCCAGGACACGCAGGGGGCCGCAGAGGCAGCUCCACCUGUCAGCUUCAGAGCAGAUGAGAUGGACAAGUACAGACUGUUGCAGGAGCAGGCCCGGGAGCACAUGCAGAAGGUGCUGGAGCUCAGCCAGGACACAGGCGAGAAAAGGCCCCACACAAAGUACUCAGAGUGUGGGCGCGCUCAGGAGAGAGGAGCAGGGGAGGACCACUACACACCUGUACACACUGUUCCUCAGCCUCCUGCUCUACAGCACACGCUACAGUUACCUCUGCCCCUCCCACAUGACAACUACUCCUCACCCAUCCCCCUCCCAGUUCCCCCUCUGCCCCCCUCUCCUCCUCUGCACCACAUCCUCUUGCCUCUGCCUCCCUCCUCCUCUGCUCCUCCCAGUGCUCCCUCACCCCCUGCUCCUCCUCUGCACCAUCUCUCUCUUCACCACAUACCUCCACCCGGGCCUCCUCCCAUGCACCUGCCUCCUCUGUUCCCCUCCAUCCUGCUAUCCCAUCGGCCCGUCCCUCUCCUGCACCCCUCUGUCUCCUUCCACACCGCGGCCCUCUCCUCUCUCUCCUCCCUCUCCCCCCUCACGCUGCAGCCUCUGACCCCACACCACUUCCUGGACAGAACAUGGACAGUCAGGUUUCCACAGAAGGCUUUAUGA